AACACAUGUCAUCAUCACCAGGCAGACACUACUACACAACAAGAUAAUGUUACACAAUGGUGGAGAUAGAGAUGAACAUAGGAGGGUCAUGACUCUUGUUUCAGCCAUGUUAGGUUUCCUCUAUGCUAGGGAUCAUCAAGUAGAUUAAGCCAUGUUAGGUUUCCUCUAUGCUAGGGAUCAUCAAGUAGAUUCAGCCAUGUUAGGUAUCCUCUAUGCUAGGGAUCAUCAAGUAGAUUCAGCCAUGUUAGGUUUCCUCUAUGCUAGGGAUCAUCAAGUAGAUUCAGCCAUGUUAGGUUUCCUCUAUGCUAGGGAUCAUCAAGUAGAUUCAGCCAUGUUAGGUUUCCUCUAUGCUAGGGAUCAUCAAGUAGAUUCAGCCAUGUUAGGUUUCCUCUAUGCUAGGGAUCAUCAAGUAGAUUCAGCCAUGUUAGGUAUCCUCUAUGCUAGGGAUCAUCAAGUAGAUUCAGCCAUGUUAGGUUUCCUCUAUGCUAGGGAUCAUCAAGUAGAUUCAGCCAUGUUAGGUUUCCUCUAUGCUAGGGAUCAUCAAGUAGAUUCAGCCAUGUUAGGUUUCCUCUAUGCUAGGGAUCAUCAAGUAGAUUCAGCCAUGUUAGGUUUCCUCUAUGCUAGGGAUCAUCAAGUAGAUUCAGCCAUGUUAGGUAUCCUCUAUGCUAGGGAUCAUCAAGUAGAUUCAGCCAUGUUAGGUUUCCUCUAUGCUAGGGAUCAUCAAGUAGAUUCAGCCAUGUUAGGUAUCCUCUAUGCUAGGGAUCAUCAAGUAGAUUCAGCCAUGUUAGGUAUCCUCUAUGCUAGGGAUCAUCAAGUAGAUUCAGCCAUGUUAGGUUUCCUCUAUGCUAGGGAUCAUCAAGUAGAUUCAGCCAUGUUAGGUUUCCUCUAUGCUAGGGAUCAUCAAGUAGAUUCAGCCAUGUUAGGUAUCCUCUAUGCUAGGGAUCAUCAAGUAGAUUCAGCCAUGUUAGGUUUCCUCUAUGCUAGGGAUCAUCAAGUAGAUUCAGCCAUGUUAGGUUUCCUCUAUGCUAGGGAUCAUCAAGUAGAUUCAGCCAUGUUAGGUAUCCUCUAUGCUAGGGAUCAUCAAGUAGAUUCAGCCAUGUUAGGUUUCCUCUAUGCUAGGGAUCAUCAAGUAGAUUCAGCCAUGUUAGGUUUCCUCUAUGCUAGGGAUCAUCAAGUAGAUUCAGCCAUGUUAGGUAUCCUCUAUGCUAGGGAUCAUCAAGUAGAUUCAGCCAUGUUAGGUAUCCUCUAUGCUAGGGAUCAUCAAGUAGAUUCAGCCAUGUUAGGUUUCCUCUAUGCUAGGGAUCAUCAAGUAGAUUCAGCCAUGUUAGGUUUCCUCUAUGCUAGGGAUCAUCAAGUAGAUUCAGCCAUGUUAGGUUUCCUCUAUGCUAGGGAUCAUCAAGUAGAUUCAGCUGUGGGGAAAAACAUUAUUUUGAGGGGAUGGUCGGGGGGCCGGACCGACUGCAAGAGGCCCAAACAGAUAUAAUAUCUGAAUUAAAACAUUCAUUCCAUUGUUGUAUAUGAUCACAUACAGUAUCUAUUAUGCGUGGGAAUCAUUUGGAACAGAUUUACAAAAUGUUUAUCUCUUGGAGUUGAUUUGCUGGUAUUUUUAGUCUUAUGCCCAACAAUAACUAUACAAAUUAGGGAAGCACAAUAUAAAUUGGUUAACAUAUCAGAAUGGGCUGAUAUUAGCUAAAACUGCCAACAUUGAGCAGUCAUUUGAAAGAGUAAGACAAUUUCAGCGAGGCAACUCAAAGGCAUAAUCCAUUAAAGCCAAGAUAAUGGAAUUCAUUCUCAUUGACAAUCAACCGUUCUCUGAUAGAGUUUUUGGCUAUCU